AUGACCAGUUGCCGCCAUCACUCAGGAUACUUGGCAGACGAUGAGGCCGGCCACACCACUUACGUGGCCCGGGUAAGUCUGCCUAAGAAGCCACUGUUCCUGGAAAUGGGACAAGUCUCCAAGCUGGGCCACAUGCCACACCUACCAUCGAGGUACACUCUCACAGACAGUUCAGGGCUCCAUGGCCACCAACAAAACCCAAGGGACCCUCGGCCCUUUGGUAGCUUCCUGGAUUUCCUUGUCAAAGGCCAGGUGCUGGACAGCCUACAGACGGUGGUGGAGGAGGCCACUGAGCGCAUGACCACCAUGAAGACAGAGGCUGGAGUGCCACUGGUGGAGGUGCAGGACCCAAUAGAGGUACCAAGGGGUAGGCGGCGGGUACGUGCCCAGCCUAGCCUCAGUACCAUGCACCGGCACCGUGUCCGGCCCAGCCUCUGCACUGGAUGUCCCAACAACUACCCAUCCUGCUCCAGCUCCAUGUCUGACUCCCAUAGCAGCCUCACAGCUGGCUGGCUGGGAUCCCACAGCCAGGACAGUGACCUGGGCACCCGUGGCAUGGGCUCACUGCCACCCAUGAGGGACAAACUUUUGCUGGAGAAGAACCUCAAACGGCUGCUGAAGCUGGAGAACAGAGGGAAAGGCCUGGAUCAGUCCUUCUUCCAGAGGGACUCCCUGCUGUGGGAUUCACUGGACAGCCAUGCCAGCAGCCAGUGGACCCGGGAGCCGCCUCUGUCCUCGUUCUCAGGCCAGCUGGGCUCAAGCUCAGGCACACCUCAAACAUCAGAGCUGGGCCCUGGAGAACAGGAACUGAUCUGCCUCAAGCAAGAGUUUAAUAAGGAGAUCAAGUCAUUGUUGAGCCAGCCAGCAUCCUUUGACCUGCCUGGCUACUGUUCAUUCCGUGAGCCCCAUCGGACUCUGGACUUUCUGGCUGAGCACCAGCUCUUCCCUGCCCUGCAGAGUGUGGUCAGCCAGGCUGUGGACAAGCUCCGUGGUGCCCGCCGCCAUGAUGGCUGCCCUCUCUUCCCAUCAGAAUGGGAGCCCGCAACAGAGUCCAACUCUGACUCCAUGCCAGGCUCCAAGCUAGCCACACCCACUGAUGAGGAGGAGCCCUAUGAUAUGCUACCCACCAGAACCUCCAGCCCCAAGAUGGCUUGCAGAAAGAGCACCAAGGGCAGAGGACAGGCCAAGCCCAAGGAAGGUGGUUCCCCCAUGUCCAGUGCCCAAGUGGCCACCAGACUCAGGCUCAAGAGCCCCAGUUACAAGUUCAUGAAGAAGAAGCCACUGCCCUCCAUCUCAUCCAAGUCUACCAUAUCCCACCUCUCCAACCCCUUGUACCAGGAGCUCAUCAACUACUUGGUGGAGCAGGCUGUGUCCUUGCUCAUCUGCAAGUACAAAUUCGAGAAGAACCUUUCCAAGCAGCUAGGCUUCAUCUCAUUCCCUGUCACCGAGACGCUCGUGGACCUCCUCCUGGGCUUCAAGAAAGUGAAGGGCUCCCACAUCUGCCUGUCCUCAAAGAUCAGCUGGAGCUGCCUGUUGCGCAAGCUGGAGGAGGCAGAGUGGGCCCGACAGCUGUCUAGACAAGGGUCCCAGCACGACUCCCACCGCGGCACCGCCCACCGCAGCACUGCCCACCAGGGGGCGCCCCGGAGCAACACGGAGUCCCCCUCCACGCUGCCUGAGCCGUCCACCCAAAAGAAUCAGGAGGAGGACACAGAGCCCACUCUCCACAGUGAGUUGCUGGACCCUCAGCUCCUCCCAGCUCAGGAGGAUACUACACUCGAGGAGAAGGAGCCCAAGAGCCAGGAGGAGCCCAGGCCCUUCAUGUUCACUGGCACAGACAGGGGCUCCGAUCUGUGUCAGGAAGUUGUAGACAUGGACAGUCAAGGUGACGAGGAGGAAGAGGACGAGGACAAGAAUGAUGACUUCUUUGGGGACAAGGGCAAACCCCAGAGCUCUCCCGAGUCUCAAGUGGAGGCCGAUGUCAGCAGUGACUCCAGAGAUGUGGGCCACAGUCACGCUCCGUGA